UUUUGACCCCCUCCGCGGCGGGCGGUUGACGUAUCGCGGAUGUUCCCGAUGGGACGGCUCUCUUCGGCCGCGUGGCUUACGUGCGUUUCCGUUCGGCCGCUCGGUGACGCUAACCAGACGCUAAUAAUCGGCCGUUGUGCUCUCCACCGCCCGAGAAUGGAUCGCGAAUUAAUCGCGGCGCUCGCUUGGCACGGAUUCACGGAGCCGUAGAAAAACGAUACCUGAUCGGACGAAGAUGUGAAUACAUGCCAUGCAUCUUUUCCGUUACGCAGCGUCGAGAAUCGAAUACCCUCAGCGAAUUAAUUGCCGUUAAUUGAGGAACGUACACGUUGCGAACCGUUGCGCGUCGAGCGAGACGAUGCGACGAGUAGAAUUGAGCUUGAGUGAUCUCGCGUUGCAAGAUGAUAUUUUGUGAGAUAAUAAAACGAACCAGUCGCCAUCAAAAAACGCGUCCUUCAAAUGGAGCGUGUUCUGAAAGCAGUACCGGCGGAUUUAAGAGUAAAAAUGGAGGCUCUUGUGCACGAUUUGACUUUGGCACUGGAGGAGAGCAGCAACAGUGCGAAUCUCAGGCGCAGGUGGGGCAUCAGGAGGAGGGCCCGCUCCACAGGGAAUAUUCGUAAGUCGGCAUUAAGUAUGAACAAACAUUCGGAUGAUAGCUCCUCUUCCAUUUGCGAAAUUCGCAUUCCAAAAACUACCAAUGUUUCCAAGUACCAAUCGGACAGCGACGACACUAAUCAGACUAAACGUUUCGCACAUUUCCCAAAUUUGAAUAACAUUAGCAAUAUUGAGAGCGAUUCAGUGAAUGAAAAUUUUGUGCCGAAAGCAAAUACUAGACGCAAGAGAAAAUUUAAAAGAAUGGCCAUUGAUUCUGAUUCCAACGCGUCCACUUCUCAAGCAGUCGCGAUUAUGUCAACUUCGACAUUCGGCGGGAAGAAACGUAUCUUUCGCAGCGAUUGUAAAAACAGAUAUGGCGCUAUAUGGUGUGGGAAACGCAAAAGAUCAUGUAGGGAACGUUCGAUAGACUGCGAGAUGAGAGUGCCUAAACCGAUGAAAAACGCAAAGCCGAAAAAUCGAGACAAAAUGCAAGGCGAAGACACUGUAGAUUGUUCUCGUUUAUCUAGUUCCAGCAUCUCGUCUAGCGAUUCGGAGGAAGGUCUUAUUACAAACGACGAGGAUAGAGAAGGAGACGACGAACAGUCGGACUGGAUUGGAGAAUCGAGUUGGCGAGACGAUGGAGAGAGCACCAGCGACGAUAAAGCCACGUCGGAUUCCACUUUCCAAAUGAUACUACACGGCGGCGAGCAUUCGAUUACGGAGGCUAAGAAAAACUACAGACAAAGAAUACAACGUAUCCGCGAAGGCCUGAGCGGCAGAGAGAUUCGUGCUGGACGACGUCACGUCGACAAUAAACCCGGUUAUUCUAUUAUAACAUCGGCCAACGAGAAAGUCUCACGAUUCCUACAAGAUCCCACACAGAGCGAACUGAAACUCCAUCCUAUGCGACAACCUGAGCGAGAAAAACUCCGUCGACUCGCUAAUUUGUACAGCUUAAGUUUAAAAGGUGAUUUGGGCUGUCCGAUAUUAUAUAAAACACGGCAUACUACGCAGGCUGUGUGCGUAGACCAAGUAUCAUUAAAUAGAUUCUCAGAUUACAAGAGAUUGCGUAAAACACCUCCAAAUUCGCCAAAUUCAGACUCAACGAUGCAAACCGAGGAGAUUCAGAUCUCCAGCACAAGCUUUGAUUCGCAAAUCAUAAAUCAAGCGCAAAAUAAUGUGGGUCCUAUACAAGCAAACGUACAAACAUAUUCUUCGUUUGAAUGGGAAAGCGAAAGUAUGGAUAUUGAAGUACAAGGGAAGUCAAAAUUCUCUGAUUUUGGACAUUCUAAGUCUAGUUAGACAUAUAAUAUAUAAUAUAUAUAAUUUGUUAUUGUUUUUCUUAAUAUAUAUAUAUGCGCAAGUGUAUAUAUGCAUCAGCGCAUGUGUGUAUAUAUCUCUUGUAUAUAAUUCUUACAUUAUAAAAACAAAGUGUUAAUACUCGUUAUAAUCUAAUCAUGCAAAAAAACUACAAGAAAUGUAAUAUAAAUAAUAUAUUACUG